AUGCGGUACGGUAAGAUUUAUUACUACGAUAGAUUUGGAAACAAAGUCGACGAUCAGGAGCCUAUUAUUAAAAGUGAGUGGGCAUUGUCGCCAUGGUGUUAUCAGCCAAUGCAAUGCCGUUUGAUGACUUAAUUUUUAGGCGAAGUCCGUCAUUUUGCCGUCAAUUCCCCAAAAUUGGACAGAGCAGCUGUCAGCGUUCCCUUUGACGAAAACAGAAUCUUCGAUCUCCCGAAAUCAGAUUCCAUGGAUGGACUGAAUAUGCAGGAGUUGAUAUCCUUCGACCGUCCUGCCUUUCCCGUCGAUCUCGAUGAUAUCCAAUUCCCUCGCACUGAUGUCGAUUCCUCUUAUCCGGCUGAUCCGAAGCCCGUUUUCUCCCCAUUAAAUGAUCUCAAAAGUCCGGAUGAUGAAAGAAAACAAUUCGCCAAGGAAUUAGACCAUCUAAGCGAGAAUUUAAGCAAACUUAAGAGUGCCAAUGAAUUGGCCCAACAAUUCAAACAAAGCGAGAUAGAGAAGGAAUUUGGAGCUGAAGAUCUCUGCGAGGACUGCAUUAGAUCUUUGACCAGACAUGGACAGAGACCACAUCAACAUGGAGGGGCCUCACGGAUGGAUGGAGAGAGUGUAAGCAUCAGCAUCACAGUCCUUUCGUAUUCUUUAAGCGAUAAGAAAUUUUUAUACAUGUAUGUAUUGUUUUAGGAAAUAGAUUGGCAGCGUCGUCUACGAGACCAUGUGGACAAGGUCAACGACGAGCUCUUCCACAACAAGGGCCGUAGGGAGUUAUUGCCAGUAAGUCAUCAGUUUGUGGACAUCCAUCUUCCAGAUGAACGUCCUCCCUCCAUUUGCAUACCGGCCAGACGAAGACACCGAGAUGAUUAGAAAACAAAAAGAACAAUAUAGGGUAGAACUGGAGAAAGACAUCGAGAAAAGAGCAAGGGCCAAGGUAGAUGAUUACGAGAGGGGCCAGAAUGUUAGCAAUCUCCUCAACACAGCUGAUGCCCAAGCUUAUUAUGAUGACAAAAGAAACACGAAACAAAUCCAGGAAUCUAAUGAAAGAUAUGACGCCGAAUUCAAUAGACGACAAGUAAGUAAAUCUUAAACAACAACGAAAGAAUUAGGCUGAGAUGAGAGCAAAGCGAGAAAAGUACGAAGCAGAACAGGGGGAAUGGUGGGAGGACAGACAGAAGGAAGGGGAACUCAAGUUGGAACGGGAUAAACAGCAUUACUUGAAUCAGCUCAAGAGAAACGAAUUCUUAAAGUAAUCAAUUUGUUUUAAUUUAUAGCAUACUCUUAUACGACCUCGAAAUUAAUUUAAUGCCCAAAGGGCUAAUUUUCAGACAAAACAUUUACAAUCUCCAAGAAUUCGAGGACCAAUUCAGGGAUCAGAAAGAAGCCCAAAGAGCCAUGAGAUAUCCUCAUCAAGCAGACGUGAGGGCCAAAGUAAGAGAUCCCAUUAAUGGAGUAAUUAAGAUUUAGGUGGAGAUUCAGUCGGAAUUGACUCGACCAGAAGCUGCCCGGAGGGCACGAGAGAAUCUCGAAUCGGUGUGGGACCAAUGGGAAGAAGCUCAUCGACGGAACGAGCGAAAGAAACGGGUCUUACAGGAGAACGGGAGGAGGGGCGGGGGUGGAGAUAACAGAGUCAUCUUCGACACGGCCGGGCCUUCACAUUCCCAGGGUCAUCAUCACGCAGCUCACGUCAAAUGUUGUCGGAGAUGUCGUCGACCUCUUGGUAUUGUCAACUAA